AUGUCAGACGAGACACCAACUGCGCCCGAGGGCGAUUCUCAGAUCACCUUCAAGGUCAAAACAUCCUCUGAUGGAAAUCACACAAUCACCAUGGCAGAGACCGCAACAGUUCUCGACCUGAAGACAAAGCUAGCUGGAGAUGAUUACGAAAAGAUUCCAGUAGAUCGUCAACGAUUAAUCUACUCCGGUCGCGUUAUGAAGAAUGAGGAACCUUUAAGCACUUAUAAGAUCAAACCUAACAAUACGAUACAUAUGGUCAAGAGCGCACAAAGCAACGUUGCCAAUGCUGCUGCCAAUGCCGCAACUGGUGCUGCAGCAAGUCUCCCAACCAAUAUGGCUGCCGGAACUGCGAAUAAUCCUCUUGCUGGUUUAACCGGUGCUCGAUAUGCAGGCCAUAUGGGUCUUCCAGGUGCUGAAAUGUUCGGCGCAGAUGGUGGUAUGGGUGCGCCACCAAGUGAAGAUGCGCUCGCUCAAAUGAUGGAUGAUCCCAAUAUUCGUCAAACGAUGAACGAAGCUCUCAAUAACCCGGACCUUGUCAAUAUGAUGAUCCAAAAUACUCCAAUGCUCAGAGAUAUGCCCAACGCGCGCGAGAUAUUACAAUCACCUAUGUUUAGAAACAUGCUUACGGAUCCAAACUCCAUUCGACAAGCUGCUGCGAUGAGAAGACAAAUGGGAGGUGGAGGGGCUGGCGGCUUUCCCGCGCCGGGCGUCACUGAUACUACACCUGCUGGAGCAGCAGGGAGCACACCAGGAAGUGGUCAACCAAGCGUACCACCUUUUAAUAUGUUUGGAAUGCCUGCUGCAGGAGGUGCUAAUAAUCCAUUCGCGUCAUUGUUCGGUGGACCAGGAGCAGCAGCCGCGGGUCAUACUCCAGCCCAAACUCCUCCGCCUCCAGCUUCUGCUGGGGGAACCCCAUCAACUGGUACUGAUGCUAAUCCACCAAAUCCCUUUGCCUCGCUAUUUGGGGGAGCGGGUGCUGGAGCCGGAGCCGGAGCCGGAGCAGCUGGAGCGGGAUUCAACCCCUUUCAAGGAAUGCCACAACCCACACCUGAACAAUUACAACAAGCAAUGCAAAUGAUGCAAAAUGGAACAUUCGGAGAUAUGUUUGGUCCUGGUGGAUUUGGCGGUAUGGGCGGAAUGGGUGGUGCGGCCCCAAGUGCACCUGCAGCUCCAGCAGACACCAGACCACCUGAAGAAGUUUACGCCGAUCAACUCAGGCAAUUAAACGAUAUGGGAUUCUUUGACUUUGACAGAAAUGUGGCAGCUCUGAGAAGAAGUGGAGGAAGUGUUCAGGGAGCCAUUGAACAAUUGUUAAGCUAG